AGAGAUUGCUCUGAUAGCGAUGCAAACAGUGCUCUCUCAAAAAAGGAUAUACAGUUUGUUUAUUUUCAUGCAUUUUUACAAAUAAAAAAGUAUGCUUUGUGUUUGUGUAUUUGACAGAGAGAGAAAGGGGGGUUUGGUUUAAAAGUUAAGCUAAGUUAGCACAUGUUUAAGGGAGAGAGAGAGAGAGGAAUUUGCUCGUCGUGGUGAAGAAGCAGACGGCGCUAAAUAUGGUUGUGGAGAUGCGAGCCGCUUCUGCCAUUGGAGAUAGAAAAGGAACUUUCUCUGUGCUCUUCCUUUUCCUUCUCUUCAUUCUCAUCCUCUUCAUCCUCUAAUUAAUUCAACCAUAUCUACUUUUUCCAACUUUGUCGAUGAUUUCCUUUCUUUUUCAAGCAUCAAUUUUACUUAUUUGAAGCAAAGACCGAAUCUUUCUGGGAUUUCUUGAUGUGGGCGUGUGCGUUUUUCUGAGCUCUUUCUUCAUUUUUGGGCCUUAUUGUGUUGUGUUACAUGAGAUUUCAUAAAUCUGAGUUUGUUGAGCUUUUUGUUGUAUGAAAAAUUCAAUCUUGGAGUGUGGUGUUGAUGAUUCUGGGAUUGGUUGAAGUCAUUUCUAACCUAGAAUUUGUUUUUUUUUAGUAUGUAAUGUUUAUAUAUAUGAUUAGGACACACACAUUUCUUGCUGGAGAGUAGUUUCCUAAAUCUCACCAAGUUUUAUCCAAAGAUUGAUGCUUGAUUUCUGGUGCUAAUCGUUUGGAUUUUUCUGAAUUUUUGGAAGUCAAAGAAAACUAAAAAGAAGAUAGAAAACACCACUAUUUUUAUUGUGGGGUUGAUAGUUUAAAGUUAUAUUCGAUCAAGUUUCUCUUAAGAUUAUUAGAAGGAAGAGUAGGGAAAUUAUUGGGAACUAUUUGUUUGUCAAUCUUGAAUAAGAUUAUCAGAAGGAAGAGUAGAGCAAUUUUUCUCUAAAGGAGCAAAAUUCGAGUUCUUGUGUGGCCUGAUUCUGCUGGUAUAUGGGAAUGCUUGGUACUUCUCUGCUGAAUUUUAUUCAAAAGUUUCAAUCUUGGAUGUCUUGGAGUUACAUCGAUACAAGUACCAUAUUGUGCGGAUAUGAGAUGAUGGAUAACAGCAGCCUUUGUUCCAAGUGUGCACGAAAUGUGUUGAGUUUGUACCCCAAGUACCAGUGUCGAGUCUGUGGGAGUCUGUUGUGUGAUAACUGUAGUGACGGCCUUACCUCUUUGGAUGGAGUUGUAUCGACCGAUCAUUUGAAGGACACUGCAGAGGAAGUGAUUUAUACUAUGUCGUGCAAGAUUUGUUCUGAACUUAGCCCCCCCAAUAAAAGUGGUAGACGAUGCAGUGGCAAAGUCUAUCCUUCUGAGUCUCCGAGACAAAGCCAAGAACCCCCAUCACCAAGUUUUAGUGGUGAGGGAAGUGAUGGUCAUUCCCCUAUUGCUCUAGCUAGGAGUAGCGAUGAGUCUUUCCCCAACGAUCUAUCUCCAGUGCCGGCUCAUUGCUCAAGCAGGAGCUAUGAUGAUGAGGGCGAGCAGUCGAUGAGCCACUUCUUCAGCAUACCCAACGAAUACUUUCAUGAUGGUUCUGAUGUAGAUUCAAGUUGUGUUAGUGUUAGACAUGAAUUUUAUAGUCCCAUGUCUUUAGGAUCAUGCCCUUCCGACAGCCCCUCCAGGCCGCAUACUACCUCUAGUGGAGUCGGGUGUCAUGUACAGCUAGAUCAAACAUCUCACGAUGACCAUGAGCAGGCUGUUUUAGAAAUGCCUGUGAAAGGGAUUUGGGACGCAGAAGAUGCCGAUGAACUGCCAAUUCUUCGGCAUGCUAGCGAAGAGCUGCCUCAGCCACUGGAUUUUGAAAACAAUGGUCUUAUUUGGCUUCCUCCUCCUCCCGAUGAUGCCAAUGACGAGGUGGAAAGCAACUUAUUUACUUAUGAUGAUGAGGACGAUGAAGUUGGGGAUUCGGGCGUUAUGUUUUUGCCUACCGCUACCAUAGAUACCAUGUUUUCAGCGAAGGAGAAGCAGUGUCACGACGACAAAGGACCUUGGAGAUCUGCAGUGCAGGGGCACUUUAGAGCUCUCGUAUCACAUCUUUUACAAGGGAAGGGUAUCGUCACUGAAAAGGAUAACGGUGCUGAUGAAUGGCUGGAAAUAGUAACCACUAUCGCGUGGCAGGCUGCGAAAUUCUUGAAGCCGGACACUAGUAGAGGAGGCAGCAUGGAUCCAUGUGACUAUCUAAAGGUCAAAUGUGUAGCUUCAGGAAGCCCUUGCCAGAGCAAAUUUAUCAGAGGAGUAGUUUGUACCAAGAAUAUAAAACACAAACGAAUGACGUCUCAAUACAAAAAUGCUCGACUGCUUCUCUUAGGAGGAGCUCUGGAGUACCAAAGAGUUCCCAAUCAGCUGGCAUCGUUCGAGACAUUACUGCAACAGGAGAACGAUCAUCUGAAGACGGUUGUUUCCAAGAUAGAGGCUCAUCGUCCAAAUGUUCUGCUAGUCGAGAAAAGUGUGUCUUCAAUUGCUCUCGAGCAUCUGCUAGCAAAAGAUAUCUCCUUAGUUCUGAAUGUUAAAAGACCUCUAUUGGAGAAGAUUGCUAGAUGUACUGGUGCUAGUAUAACUCCAUCGACUGAUCACAUACCCACAACGAGGUUGGGGCACUGCGAAAUCUUCCGUUUGGAAAAAGUUUCAGAAGAUCAUGAACCAGUCAAUCAAUUCAAUAGAAAACCAUCUAAAACAUUGAUGUUUUUCGAAGGUUGUCCAAGGCGCUUAGGCUGCACGGUUGUACUGCGGGGGUCUUCCCGAGAAGAGCUUAGGAAGCUGAAACAUGUGACUCAAUAUGCUGUCUUUGCAGCAUAUCAUUUGUCACUGGAGACUUCUUUUCUUGUAGACGAGGGCUCUAGUCUUCCUAAAGCGGUGACUAAAAUGCCUCUUGACAAGGCCGUUUCUGUGGCUCCUGAUUCUGCUGUGGCCACCACUUGCUCAGAAGAAAACAAGGCUUCUGAUACGGAUCUCACUUUGGAGCUAGGACUGCAGGAGUCGUUGUCUGAGCUUGGCGACACUGGUUAUGAUGAUGUUUCCAUCCCAGAUGAAUUUAGAUACAGAAAAGCACUAUCUGAGGCAUGCAAUGAGAAUCUAGCGUUAGAUGUAGCUCCCGAUGGCCUGACACCUGCAGAAGCUAUAGGUCAAGAAGAGGGCCAGUCGGGUGUUGUUGGACUAGCAACUCCUGUACAUGGCGAAGAUACUGAAGCAUCCGGUGAAUAUUUUUCAGCUAACGACAGUCACCACAGCAUACUAGUUUCCUUUUCCAGCCAUAAUAUGGCGAAUGGAACUGUAUGUGAACGGUCAAGGCUUGUUCGCUUGAAAUUCUAUGGCAACUCUGAUAAACCACUAGGGAGGUUUCUGAGGGACGAUUUGUUCGAUCAGUCAUUUCUAUGUCGAUCGUGCAAGGAAUCAGCUGAAGCCCAUGUUAUGUGUUACACACACCAGCAUGCGAAUCUUACGAUAAAUGUUAAACGCCUCCUAUCAGCUAAGCUCCCCGGGGAACAGGAUGGGAAGAUAUGGAUGUGGCAUAGAUGCCUCAGGUGUGAACGCAGUGAAGGAGUUCCACCAGCCACUCAACGAGUGGUUAUGUCCGGUGCUGCUUGGGGACUUUCGUUUGGGAAGUUUCUUGAACUUAGUUUUUCAAACCAUGCAACAGGGAACCGUGUUUCCACCUGUGGCCAUUCGCUGCAGAGAGACUGCCUCAGAUUUUAUGGUUUUGGCAAUAUGGUUGCUUUCUUCCGGUAUUCACCUAUCAACAUCCUCUCCGUUCGUCUGCCUCCUUCAACUCUUGAAUUUGGCGAUCCCGGUGAACAACCAUGGAUAAGAAAAGAAGCAUACGAGCUGUUGAGCAAAGCAAAGGCCUUGCACGCAGAGAUAUCACACGUUCUUGAUGAAUUCAAAAGUAAAUGUUUAUCUUCGAUGGAUGAAUUCUCUGAUGCAAACGAGCUGCACAACCAUGUCUUGGAGUUGAACAGCAUGCUUUGUGAAGAAAAAACUUCUUAUGAAGAUUUGCUCCAAUUCGCCGACAAACAAGUUCAAGAACAUAGUGAAACUGCAAUUGACAUACUUGAGAUAAACCGUAUGCGACAUUCUCUUCUGGUUGGUUCAAAAGUAUGGGAUCGACGCCUUUUUCUGCUAGACUCCCUCCUUAAGAGAGGUUCAAGCCCCAAGGCUGAAACGGAUGUUACAUCUCGUAUUGGAUUGAAAGAUUCUGAUUCAAGCAUGAAAGACAACAACAACAGCCUUGAUCUUGCUCCAGAAGAUGAUGCAUCUGUGCACCCAAAAACAGAAGAAUGUGCCAACGAUGAGGGGCUCGACUCUUCACAACUCGAAUCAGGUUUCAUGGAAAGUUAUCAAAGACUGCAGCGAAGCAGAGAAGAUUUAGGCCUCGAUGACAAGAAUGCUGCAAGUUCGACUACUUUAGAGCGUGCUCCAUCAGCUGGAUCAAUUCUUUCUGAUAAGAUAGAUUCCGCAUGGUCUGGUGCUGAUCUAGUGUCGAUGAAAUCUCAGUCGCUUGACAUGACGAACAUAGAUGCAUCGGAAAGUCCUUCAUUCGCUCAGGUUAAUCAGAAAGAGAAUCCGGUGUUCAGAAGACUGACAGGACCUACAAGAGUUCAUUCCUUUGAUUCUGCUCAACGGCUCCAAGAAAGGAUGCGCAGAGGUCUUCCCCCUUCCUCGAUGUACUUGUCGAACAUCCGAUCAUUUCAUGCUUCUGGCGACUACAGGCACAUGGUCAGGGAUCCUGUUGCGAAUGUGCAGAGGACUUACUCCCAAGUAUCAUUCCGCGAAGCUGAAAAGUUUAACCUUCCUUCGACCGUUUCUCCCUCCUUUAUAUCCUCCCUCUCUCUCGUUCCUGAAGGGGCGAGAUUGAUGGUUCAACAGAAUGGUAACGAGGAUGUUGUCGUGACUGUCUACGACAACGAGCCCACCAGCAUAAUAUCGUAUGCCCUUAGCUCGAAAGAGUACGAUGACUGGGUAGCUGGGAGGCUAACCGGGACUGAGAUAGGGUCGAACGUUAGGCUCCUCAACAAGGUGAGCUCACUAGCUUCCGAGCUCUCAACGUGGCAAUCUUUUGGCUCGUUGGAUUCAGACUACACGAACUUUGGAAAUUACAGCUCUGAUGAUGGUGUUUCUUCGGCCACAUCUGAUCAAGAUAAUUCCCCUCAUCUUCGGAUCACUUUUGAGGACGAAUCAUCCAAUGCUGGUGGAAAGGUGAAGUUUUCUGUCACUUCUUACUACGCGAAACAGUUUGAUGCACUCCGUAGGAAAUGCUGUCCGUGUGAAGUGGACUUUGUACGUUCCUUGAACCGCUGCAGAAGGUGGGGCGCGCAAGGAGGGAAGAGCAACGUCUACUUUGCAAAGUCGUUUGAUGACCGGUUCAUCAUCAAGCAAGUGACUAAAACCGAGUUGGAAUCUUUCGAAGAAUUCGCCCCACAGUAUUUCAAGUAUUUGAAAGAUGCUCUUACCUCAGGAAGCCCUACUUGCCUUGCCAAAGUCCUAGGCAUAUUUCAGGUUACUGUCAAGAAAGGUAGCAAAGAUGUGAAAAUGGAUUUGAUGGUAAUGGAGAAUCUCUUUUACAAGAGAAACAUCUCCAAAGUCUACGAUCUAAAGGGCUCUUCACGGUCGCGUUACAACUCAGACACAACCGGGGCUAACAAGGUGCUGUUGGACAUGAAUCUGUUGGAAACGCUUCGCACAAAUCCUAUAUUUCUCAGUGGCAAGGCGAAAAGGAGCUUGGAGAGGAGUGUGUGGAACGACACAUCCUUUUUAGCCUCUGUGGACGUGAUGGACUACUCGUUGCUGGUUGGGGUGGACGAGGAGAGGAAGGAGCUCGUGAUGGGGAUCAUCGAUUUCAUGAGGCAGUAUACAUGGGACAAGCAUUUGGAGACAUGGGUGAAGGCUUCAGGGAUACUAGGUGGUCCUAAAAAUGCAUCUCCAACAAUAAUUUCUCCAAAGCAAUACAAGAAAAGAUUUAGAAAGGCUAUGACUACCUAUUUCCUCACUGUUCCAGAUCAAUGGUCCCCUUAAAUCACCAUUCUUUCCUUCAAAACUCUCAUUCUCUCUUGUAUUUUUUUCAUAUAUUGAUUACUUUUUUAGGGGGAGAAUUCACCCCCAAGAGGUGUAUACCAAUGUAAAUUAAUAGGGAAAAAAGCUUCAUUCCAAUAUUUCUUGUUUUUAUUUGUUUUAUUAAAUGUAAAACAAUGAUUGAGAAUAAGAAACAUGGAAAAUUUGUGAUUUA